AUGGAUGUCCCUAUCAAAGAAGAGGCGCCCUCGGCAGCCGAAGCAAAUUCCCGUGACAUCGUCACCACACCUCCCGGCAAAUAUCUUCCCUUUGCCUGGGACAGCUGUUCCAAGGACCCGCUACGGUCUCGUAUAUCUAUCAAGCAACAAGCUGUCGAGGAUGCCUUUCACCAUGCAAAGUUCAUUUGUCACUCCAUUGUAUCAGCAUUGAAAGACGAGAAACCAGAGGCAUUCAAGGAGCUGUUUGAUCAAGAGAUAGUUGGUUGGGUGGACGAGAUUUGUCAACUCGAAGAAGCGCACAUGAAAUUUGAAGUGUUGGUGGGCGUUGCAGGCGUUACAGGUGCUGGCAAGAGCACAGUUCUGAACAUGCUUCUAGGCAUUCCGGAGCUCUUACCUUCCAGCAACUCGGAAGCUUCGACAUCUUCAGCUUGUCGAGUCUCCUGGAACCACAACGAUGACCCUGAGCACGAGUUCACUGCCGUAGUGGCCUUCCGCGAGCAAGAGGAUGUCAGACGAGAGCUCGAAAUGAUAUACGAAGCGCUUGCUGAGUGUCACAGGAUAAAGGAAACUUCCGCAGAUGAUGAAGAAGAGUUGUUCCAGCAAGAAGCGGAAAACGAGAAGACCAUUGAAGAGGGACUGCAGAAGAUUCUGGCUGUUUGGGGCAAGGAAAGAGAAGAAGUGGAAGAACUUUCAGCAGAAGACCUUCUCGCAUCCAAUGAGGAUGUCCUGUCCGUUCUCGGUACCAGCAAGCACUUUCAUGCGGCCGACAAGGAAAAGUUUUCCGAGGAGAUCAAGCCAUACCUUGAUUCAUCAGCAACGACUGAGGGCUACCAAACAUGGCCUUUGGUUAAGGAAGCCAGAAUUUUCGUCAAAGCUGAUAUCCUCAGACACGGAAUUGCAUUGGUCGAUCUUCCAGGACUGUCUGAUGCCGUCGAGAGUCGUGCCCAGGUUGCUGAACGUUACAACCAGCAGAUUGACACAACUAUUAUCGUGACACCAUCAGUUCGGGCAAUUAACGAGAAAACAGGUUUUCAACUGAUGAGCAAGUAUCAGGCCCUUAGAAUGAAGCUCGACGGCAAGCUUCAGAAGAACAGAUCUUGCAUUGUGGCUUCGCAGAUGGACAAUAUCGACUGUGAUACAUUCAGCGGAAACUCUGCAGAAGCGAAAAACAAGGCAAGCCUGAAGGAGGACCUGGAGAGUAUCAAGUCACUGUCAAAAAGAAUUGGGCAUCUUGAUCAGCGCAUCAAAGACACCCGGAAGAAGCUCGUUGAAUACAGGAACAGGAAGCAGAAAGCAAUCAUUGAUCGAGAUGCAUUGAAGCCCACUGGGGUAGGUGCGAGAAAGAUACAGCAGGACAAGAGGUACCAGGAGAAAAUGAAGACGGCAAGAAACAGGGUGAACAACACGACGAGACUGGUUCGUACCGAAGAAACUACUUUGAGUGGUCACCAACAAGAGCGGUACAAUGCGGCUUUGUCUUUGCGCGCAUGCAAGGGCCGGGCUAAAUGGACAUGCAUGUCCAUGAGGCACAGUCAAAUUGAGAAACGGCUCACGGAAAACCUUGAAAGACAGUGGAAGGAGAUGGAGGGAACUAGCCAGCAGCUUAGUUCAAGCGAACGCCUUACCGACAUCUUUUCUGUCUCGGCUACCGCAUACCGAGACCUCCUCAAGGGAAGAAAGGUGACCGGGUUUCCCACCGAAUCGUACACCGGCAUACCUCAGCUUAGUCAAUGGCUAUGCGACUCCGUGAUGGAGAAGAGGGAAGUUCAUCUGGACAGUCUCCUCAACGCACUUCGCCGCCUCGCGCAUGGCAUCCAAAGAUGGUCAAAUGUCAACCCAGAGGGUAUGGACGUCAGCUUUUCUCGCGAAAUGAUAGAGACCGUGUUCUCCCGCAGUCAUGAUAGGUGUUCCCAGAAACUAGAAGCAGAACUUCACUUGUGGUCAGAAAAGAUCAAGUCAUUCGACCCGUUCACUCAAAUCCAUCAAACCCAAGAGAUAUGUAAGAGAGAAGCGGGAAGAGUUGCCACUAGAUGGGCAGCCAGAUACCCGAACGACAUGACUUCCUCGGUCUUUAUGGCCUGGACUACCUUCAACGCGAUUCUCAAACGAGGCGGAGGUCCUUACAAGUUUAGGAGUAAGAUCGGGGACAGCCAAGAAUACAACUUUCCCGAGGCUUUAGUCGUACCCAUCCUUGAAAAAGUAGUCCUGAAGACUUGGCACAGCGUGUUCCAGGUCAAGAUUCCAGCGGCUGAGAAGCGUAUCAUGCCUCGAGUUGAUGUAAUCUGGGAUCAGUACGUGGAGGAGCUCGUAUGUCAAAUCCAAGAAACUGCACCCCAACUUAUUCCUCACGUCUUGGAAUGCAUACCAAUCGUGCGCGGCGUCAAAGACGAGAUAUGUGACAAGGUUCACGAAACACUCACAAAGCUUUCGAAAUGCUCUGCUGAGAUUCACCCUGAGUUCCGAACCGCAAUGGAAGAAAAGCUCAAGCCUAUGUUCGACAAAUGUCUAGAAAUCAGAGGCAAGGGACAUUACCAAGCUCGCCGCAAGUAUUUGCAAGACAACGUCAAGGCCCAGAACACGAGAAUGUUCAGCGAGGGGUUCAAAAAGAUGAAAAGACGAUAUGAAAUCCAUCUGGCCAAGGUUCCCCUGGAAUUCUCGGCAAUCGCCCAGUUCGCCGUGACAAAGGUCCGGGACCAAAUCGGCCUCUUGCUUACCAACAUUGAGACGGUCAACGAGAAACAGCAAAAGCUGUCAGACCACACCACCAUGUUUCGGGAGAAAGUCGGACAGACCGCGAUGCAAUGGGUGGCCGAGUGGAGGGUUCCGAGGUACGAGGCCUCUUCGACACGCCCCCAUAGUCUCUUGCUGCCCAGAAAGUAUGUCGAGCCUGAACCGGAGGAGCUGGAUGAGGAGGGAAACGCAGCGGAGAGCAGAGAGAAAGCGGAGGAUGAUGACGAUUUUGCGAUGGAGGAUUCUGAGUGAUCGGAUGAGAAAUUCCGGAGGAACUAUGGGUGAGGUCUUUGGAGGAACAUCGCUGAUUGCAGUCCGGGUUGGGCUGGAGUUUUUUUGUCCAAGGGCGACGUUCAGGAACUCUUUCCAUUUUUUUCUUUUCUUUUUCACUUUGUUCUUGGUGCCAUCUUGCACUUGCUCUGAUGAUGGGUAUGUCUGGGGGAGUUAUACGUUUGCAGGUUGGAGGAAAAUUCACAUCUGAGUCUGCCACUGGAGUCAUGACGACGACGACACCAACAACCAUUCUGGCGAGUUUUUUCUCACAUUUUCUUUUUUCCUACAAGUUUUGCGAGGAUAUCAUUGGGAGGUUAGGCUUCGAUGCUUGCCGCCUAUAAGGCUAUGCUACACUGGUAAAGCCAAUGAUAUAGAGAGAAAGGUUCCAGUUUAUAGCUCUUCCGUAUCUGGACAUGAGUUGUAAUCUGUUGGAUGCCUUCGUUCUCGGGGAGAAUAUCGAGCAGGUGAUGAUCACCUCGAAUGAAGUGAAGCAGUAAUCAUAUAGAAUACUCACUGAUAGAAUCAAAAAUUAUGCGUUGCCAUU